CCAACCCUUUAUUUAACCACUCGUUCGGCGACCAAAUUUAAUCUAACAACAGAAUGAAACAGAUCGAUUGAAAUCACGAUCUUAGGCGAUACUUCAAAAAAAGCGAAAUCUCGUAGCAGUUACCCGGACUAGCACGACUACGUGUCUCUACCGAAGGCUAAAAUCUUAGCUGAAUUAUAUCUCUUCAACGGCGCCUAAAACUGCAUUCUUUCGGACGAAGUAAAGCUGUAAGCGAUUAAAUGACUGAUAACACACUUAGGUUCCACUAAGAAAUAUAAUGCAGACAAAAAGCGUUUAUCAUUCACCUGACGUUGUGCCAGCCACCGUUAACUUUAUAUUACGAUCAGCCCAUCGAAUCACCUAAACAGGGCCAGGAAAAAAACACCCAAUGGUCGGUCCGAUGUCGAGUUGGCGUUACGGUCCUCGAGGGGCAAGAAGUGUUUGGUUUUCCCAUUGACAGCUGAUCAGUUAGUGCGUUGGAAAUCGUCGAACACCAAAUAAGGAAGAUGGUUUUGAGAUAUCAAAUAGUCAGAUUGUUUUUUGCACGACAUCCGCUCGCGGCCAACGUUGCUGCGUAUGGAGCCCUUUCGGUCGGAGCUGAAUUUACCCAGCAGACCAUCAUCAGAAGAUGGGACGGUGACAUGAAAGGCAAGCCCUAUGACUGGAUUCUUCUCGGAAGAUACGCAGUGUAUUCCAUGAUCCUGGCUGGUCCUGGUUUAUUCUACUGGUUCCGUUGGCUAGAUUCACGAUUUGUAGGAACUACAUUUCCUGUUGUCAUAAGGAAAGCCGCUACGGACCAACUUAUAUCAAGCACCAGUUGUACGGUUGUGUUUUACAUAUCGAUGUCCGUUAUGGAGAAGAAGGAAGAUAUCUUCGCUGAGCUGCGGCAGAAAUUUUGGCCGACGUAUAAAGUUUCAUGCUGUUUUUGGCCGCCUAUACAGUGUCUGAAUUUUUUUUUGGUUCCACCACAUUUCCGUGUAGUCACCGUUGCCGUUGCAUCUUUUGUGUGGUGUAAUUUUCUCUGUAUUCUCAAACGGGCUGUACAUUUUUGAUUAAAAAAAAAACAGAGCGAUUUACGGUUACAAAAGCGUCGAAUCUAGAGCAAAUGCAAAACUUCCGUGCGGAUUUACUUUAUGACUAAGCGGCCCACUUGCUCGCCAUAUUAUGUUACAUUGCUCAUUGUAACCAACGCUUCCUGCAACAUCGGCUUCACCUGCUCGCCCCCAUAAGACAUUAUGCGUCUGGCACUUUAUAAUUUUUUUUUAAAUUACUCCGACCAUUUUGAGCAACUCACGGCAACCACGCGCCUGCUACAUCCAGUCCGCGCCUGUGAAAAGUCCUGCAGCUUUACUACAGUCACCAAACGUUUUCCCGUAGUGUAGCAGUUUACGCCACACACAGGACGCCACACACAGGAGCUGGAUUGUCUAUGAUGGUUUUGAAAAAGGAGAAUUCUCUGAGAGUGGCGAAAGGAGUGAAAGUAGCACUUCCCCUUAAGUGAAGAGACUUUCAUAUCUAUUUGUUCCCUGGGGCUCUAGCCAAUAGAAAUAAUUCGUCAUAGAAGAGCGAGGAUAAAACUGCUUGAGGAACAAGGUCUUAUCUUUUUCGAAAGCACCGGCCGCCACAAACCGCAUAAUGUUGUAAAGAUGGAGGCUGUCAAAGGCGCCACAGAAAGAGCUGCAAACGUUUUUUUGGCUGUUGCAGUCCACGUCAAAAACGCUUCUGAAGGAUUGCUACAGAAGAACGUUUUGGAAUCAAUUCAAAGAAAGAAAAUGCCGCUGUAUUUACUCAGGGCUAUCUUUCGAUAUCUUCAAAUCAGACUGCGCAGGUUGAAUGAUAGUGGCGUCGCCAAGGGUCCUCCCUUAGGCCCGUUACUAUGGUAUCUUACUUACGACGAUAUCUUUAAGCUAGUUGACCUCCCGCAAGAAGUAGACUUGCUUGCAUACGUAGAUGGCUUAGCAGUCAAGACCAGAAUCGUACACUUAAACCAGUGGAACCAAUUAAAUUUUGACGUAAGUUACUGAACGGAAAACGACCCGACUCUAGCCCUGACUGACAGGGAAAGACUUACUUGUUGGAAAGAAAAAAUCAAGUUAGUUAGUCCUUUCUUUAAUGUCGAAGAGAUUGAAAUAGCAAAAUACGUGGUUGUAUACCUCGACUCACGAGUAAAGGGCAUCCUCCUGCAUCCAACAACGUGUGGCAAGAACUAUUGAGGUGAAAAGGAAACUUGCUAGGACAAUGCCAAACAUUUAUGAGCCAAAUAAAAAGAAAUGCAAACUCAGCGAUGUCCAUCGCUGAGCCUGCGCUUUAGGAAUGCCAGACUCAUAGGUGGCUCAACAGGCCCGGACGUAAUUUAGCUACCACAUCACCCAGUUUUUGGUAUUGCAUAGGAACCUUCCCAGCUACAACACACAGAAUGGGUAAGGCAUCUUCGCCGAUAUGAACCCACAGUAGGAAGCGGUUCCGAAGCUGGCGUAUGGCCGGAGCACUGAACGAAAGCUCAGACACGCAGUGAGCGCGGCCUCAACGGCCUGGUUUGCAGUACGUUUGCAAAAAGGCCGAAUGAUGGCACCGAGGUUGGCCUAACUUAAUAAACAAAAAAAUUAUUCUUACUCUUCUUAAAAACAUUAACCGAAACUCUUAAAAGUGAAUAAAUAUAUCUAAAAUUUUUACGAUUAAUAAAAAUAUCUGACAAUAUUUUUUUCGCAAAAAUUUAAAAUGUUUUUUUUAUUUUGAGAGUAAAUAGUUCUAUAACUGAACGGAGUUGUAUUGGUAGAAAAGGCAACAUCAGAGAAAAGAACGACAAAGCAUUCGGCAAAUUAGACGAGAAAAUUGCAGGUAGUCAAGCAAGAGAAGCCGUCUACAAAAGCGAUGGGACGUGGUAGACAGAUAGGUGAGCACACAAAACGCGGCUACGCAGACCAGGAAGUAGCUGGUAUGUGUAAGUAGAUUGAGGUAAUUUAAGCAAUAAUAAUUAUUUAAUUGACUGAUUAUUUAAUUGCUCAUUUGUACAAACGGAUUCUUUAUGAUCAGGCAACCUCUGUACCGGUCGACUACAGAUCGCUUUCAUUCUGAUUGCUAUGUAGCAAUGAGUUGUGUCAAAUCAUAGUUAACGAAAUCUCUUAAAACGGCAUUCGGAAAACAGAUGUUUCCAUAGAAGUUGUGAGACGUAAAAGAGCAGAAAGGGCAGUAUUUUAAUGGCUUGAAACAGUCACAUGCUUAGCAGUGACUUCCAAAGGUACAGACGAUUCCGGCCAUAAUCCUAAGGUAGUGCUAUAGGCGGGUAUCAACGCAGAGCGAGAGAAGGGUAGAUAUACUACUUUUCACUCAAGAAGACCCCAUCAGCUCACUGCUAUUCGAUUAUCCAUGGUCAACAUUACGAUACGGACAAGGCAAAUGAGGCUAAAAAUGUAUCUUAGAUAAAGCCUUGAUACUCGCAAGUAGCCGAAAUCACCUGCAGCAAUCUUCAGCAACCCCAGUCUCGUAUAUUUCCGGUAUCGACGUGAAAAAAACAUACAGUAAACGAGGUGAUUAAUUCGAAACGUCUAUCACAAUUUAAUUGAACGGAACUAGAAGAUAUGUCAGCUGAUUGACCUGGUUGGACAUUAGACCGAUCUUAAAUGCGAAAGCAUAAUUCGGAGUUCUCAUAGAACAGAGAGUGGGUAGAGCCACAUUGAUUGAAAAACCACCAACUCCUUCGCUUCUAUGCCGAUUUCGUUGAUAUCCCGGCUUACAGGUUUGUUAAGAAAACGAGCCAUCUUUUCAUACGUUAUUUUUUUUAUCCAAACGUUAAUUUUUUAAAAAAGGACCGUAGGUAUUUACUCCUCGAAAUGUUUAGUUAUGUUGCCUGCCCGUUAGCAGGUACACCGCUCCUCAUCGAAUAACGUACGUUAGAAAUUUAUCAUAUUAUUAGGAUAAAACGGCUUAAAUUUUCUAAUUUUGUGUAAAGAAAAAACUGGCUAUAACAAACCACCAUAUAUGGUCAUCGAAUAUGCACCUUAUGGUGACCGUGCAUUUUUCUCUGAACUGAGGGUUAUCCCGAACCAGGCCAUCUCUGUGUUACUCUAGUUGUUGAUAUAAAACAUAUCGUGGUAAGAAUUUCAAUAAUUAGACAUUACUAUCAAAACGGAAAACAGUACUUAGCCUAUACUAGUGAUUACACGAUGUUUGGAAAACACAUGUACGCAGGUGUAUUUACAUGUUGUAUGUAACUUGUAGAAAAAAUAAUCUUUGCUUACACAGUAUUUAGCCUGUAGGAAAACCUGUGAAUAGGCCAACUCGAAUCAGCUGGUCCGUUCGGUUCUGAUGCUGCCAGAAUAAAGAGGCAACAGAAUUAGAGUCCGCUUGCCACCGUACACGAUCUGUGCUUCGGCGGUCAUGACUACACCACUCAAUCUAAGUGCCAGCGAACUACAAUUCAUUGAAGAUUCAGAACUGGCACAGUGGUGCACCGCUUACUAGAAGGAUGCGUAGACAUAUAUUUUAAAUAGGUAUGUCUGACCUUCGAACUAUCGUAUUUUUUUCUGAGUACCUUACAAAGAAGAUGCGAUCAUACAUGUUGAAGGCCAAACCUUAUUUCUUUGGAAUGCUGUUAAGGAAAUCUCAUGGAAUCCAGAAUUCCAGCAUUUCUUCUUCAAGAUUAUGCCACCUGAUUCUCUAGCCAUACGGUGACUUCCGUUCUAUUUGCUUAAUUUCUGUAUCGGUAAAACUUUUUUAUUUUACGUAAAAUGAAUUUCUUUUA